CAUUCUUGCACUGCAUGAGGUUCGAGAGCUGAUAUACCCAUAACAGCUAUUGGGCAGCAGUUGCCCAUAACCGGGGCAUUUUAGUAAUUUCCCAUGCUACAGUACCCCCCUAAAAAGAACAACCUGAAUUUAUUAGUUUUUGGGUUUCAAAAAAAAGAAACGGAAAACAGAGAGAAAAAGAGUUUGAGAGUGCGAAAGAAAGUCCGAAAGAAAAAAAAAACAAAAAAGAACCAAAAUUUACAUGCGAAAUCAUGAAAUAAGAAGUGAAGUGUUCAAAUCUUCUAUCAUCAACAAAGCGAUGGUGUAGAAAGUGCUGUCAAAAACGUGGAGGAAGGUUGUCCAAUUGAGAAAUUUCGAAAUUGCGAAUGACUUACAUUGAUUCAAGGUUGAAGAAGAAAAGUUGCAAUUGAGGGAUAAUGAGGAAGAGUGGUGGAAGGUCGAGUGAUAGGGAGUAUGUUUCAGAAGCUGAAUGUUUGGAGCAGCAGGAAGGUGGUAGGAAAUAUAAAUCGAAGAAGAAGCGUAAGAGCUUAAGGGACGAUGGAGUUGGGAAGCAGGGUGGAAAGCGUAAAAAAGUGGUAGAUAAAAAACUUGUAUUGAGUCCAGAGAUAUUCAGAGGUAUAGAAAAAUCUGUAGGCGGUGAAGUGAAGUCGCGCAGUGAAGUGCUGAAAACACAACUAGCUAAGUGUAAAGGGGCGCAAGCAAAUGUAAACUGUAGGGUUGAGACCUUAGGUAAAAUUAUUGGUGGUUUUUGUGAGAUGAAAAGGCAAUGGGUUAGAGACAUGGGUUUUGAGGGAUUACUUUAUUUGAGGGGGAAGAGAUUACCACGGAAUUUUUGCUAUUGGUUGAUGACAUUGGUAGACACUUGUAGGAAUGUGAUAAUGUUCCCGGGGGGGAUAGAGUACCCUAUGGAUAAGCGACAGGUGCAUUGGGUAUUAGGUAUACCUCAUGGACCGAAAAGAGUUCCACUUGUAGCACGAAAUGAAAAUGUUAAGAGGGCAGUACUAGAAAUACAGCAGAAGUAUGGUUCCUCAGUUGGUAUUCCUAUGGUAAAGGUAAUUGAGAAGGUUGAGGGGAUAAGUCAUUCGGAGGAUGAAGUUGAAUUCAAGACUGCAUUCUUGAUGCUUGCUUUGUGUGAUUUUUUGUGCCCAACAACAUGUAGAAGGUUAGAGAGUGACUUAGUGGUUGCAUCAACAUUGGCCGUGGAUGCUCACAAAUAUGAUUGGGCGUCGCUUGUAUUGGAUAAGUUAUUAGUACAUGCGCGUCACUUUGCAGAAAAGUUUUACAGGGAAGGGUAUGCGAAAGGUUGUGGAGGUUGCACGUAUUUUCUUGCGAUUAUGUACCUUGAUCGAUUGCAUCGUCCUCCUGUGCGUUGGGGAUUAUUUCCGAGGUUAAAAGCGUGGUCUGCGAAAGAUGUGACUGAAGCGAAAGAAGCUGAUCGACAAAGUGGGAAGGGAGAUUAUGGGAAUAUUGGGUGCAUUGACUUGGCGUACGGUGAGAAACAUCCGUUAGUUGCGAGAGACACGAUGGGACCUCAAUGCAUGUCUUACGAGAUUGCUGCUCUUGUGUUGAGUGGAAUGGGAUUGGAAAUUAAUCCAUUGCACCGUAAUCGUAAUGCAUUUGAUGAUAAUUUGGAUUCGGAUUCUGAUCACCGGCCCAAGUCGUAAUCGCCGAAGGGGCCAAGGGACAAGCUUAACCCUUAUCAGCGCAAAAUGCAGAAGAAACGUGUUGAAGAAUGUCGAGGUGUUGAAGGUGAAGAUGAAUGUGGUGGAGGAAGUGAAAGUGGUAUGGGAGGUGUGGGAGGCAGUGGUAUGGGAGAUGUGGGAGGCAGUGGUGGUAUGGGAGAUGUGGGAGGCAGUGG